UCAUGCUCUUCAGUGACGUCACAAACAUUGGGAAAGAAAGCGUUCGGGAUCUCGCCUCCGCGGUGUACCUUUUGGCUUUAAUGUGUAAGGCGGACCUCCUCUCCUAGUCAGCGGCGUCCAGGCAGGAAGUGUAGAGCCCCCAGCACACACAGCCAUGUCUACCCCGGCGAGGCGGCGGCUUAUGAGGGACUUUAAGAGGCUGCAGCAGGACCCUCCGGCAGGUGUCAGCGCAGCGCCCACAGAAAAUAAUAUUAUGAUAUGGAAUGCUGUCAUAUUUGGGCCCCAUGAUACGCCCUUUGAAGACGGCACAUUCAAGCUCACAUUGGAGUUCACAGAAGAGUAUCCUAAUAAGCCCCCUACCGUUAAGUUUGUUAGCAAGAUGUUCCACCCUAAUGUGUACGCUGAUGGUGGAAUCUGUCUGGAUAUCCUUCAAAACAGAUGGUCCCCCACCUAUGAUGUAGCCGCUAUUCUAACCUCCAUACAGUCUUUGUUGGAUGAACCCAACCCUAAUUCACCAGCUAACAGUUUGGCAGCACAACUUUAUCAAGAAAAUCGCCGUGAAUAUGAAAAACGUGUAGCUGCAAUUGUAGAGCAGAGUUGGCUCAAUUUUCAGGAUGAAGAUGAAGGAGAAGACAUGAAAAAGGACACAUAGGGAAUAUGGAUGAUUUUUGGCGGGGUGGACCACUAGCCCUUGGCCGUGGGGAGUGGCGCGACGCUCGUGUUUUUGUUGUUCAUCAUCAUACCACCUGUCCUGCCUGGCCCCCACACCACACUGCACUGACCUAAGCUCCACUACCACUAAAUAGAAGGAAAAAAAGAGAAAAGAAAAAAAUAUGAAGGCAUUCUUCACUGAACCAGAUACCUACAUUGAUAGCAAUUUAUCAUGAUGACAUUAACUACUGUGAAAGAUUUGAGUAUUUGAACAGUAUCUUUUUUUGUGUGUGAUACAUUGUUUUUUGCCAUUGGAUGCUGCCUCUACAUGUGCACUGCCCUGAAUUAUGGGUGUUGGUGGCUGCAUGUGUGCAUGGUGAGGCUGAAGCCAGGUGUUGUGUGCUGUAGGAGUGUUGGCAGACAAUCACUGGAGCCUUGUAGCUCCUGUUAUGUGUGGUCAAGUAGCUCAUUGGCUGCAACCUGGCUUUUAACAGCUACUUGGCAUUUGACUGAUGCAGCCCAAAUAGUUUAAUAUAACACUUUAUGUUCUGCCUUCGCAAGUUCAUUAAGCCGUAUUAUAUAACCUGCAUCGUGUUCAUUACUCUUGACAAGAUCUUAUCAAAUGAUAGAUGUGUGUUGUGUAAUUUCUCACCUCCCUAAUCACAGCUCUAAUAUAGACAUUUACCAUUCUGUUAAUAUGGCUGUUACUAGGCUUUUGCUUUAAGCCAUUUCCAUCAAACAUUCAAAUUAAGACUUGUGAAAUCAGUUACUCAAGUUUCAGAAAAGUUCUGUGUGAGUAUUGUCUAUACCAGUGACUUUGGGCCAAGUUAGUAUCACCAGACAUUCAGUGGUCCCUCUACCAGUGUGGAUAUCAAAACUGUGUUUUGUAUGAAUUACUGUAGUUCAUAUUGAGAGUUUUUAGUUUUUAUUUUGUCUUCAAUAGAAUGCCUGCGUCUAAGUGAUAUUUUUUCUUGAUAUUGUAAGCUCUUCGGUUGGGAAAGAAUGUUGUGUUGAACUGCUCGGUGUCAUCGAUUGGAGGGGCAUAUUAGGGGGAAAUGUGUAAAUUUUGCAUUUACUUAAGAAGGGUUAAGAAAUGUUAAAAUUGGUGCUUUUCUUCAAAUUAUGAUUUACCUUUGAAGUUAUUGUCUUCAAUACUUUGUGGAACUUAGGAAGUGUUGGUUUGUGUGUGUGUAUGUUGUGCUGGAGGCUGAGGUGGGAGGAGCACCUCCCAGGCUGCAGCGUUGCCUAGUUACUAUGCCUGUAUGUGUGUGUGAAGCUAGUGUGUAGCGAGUGGGAAGUCAAUUACAUUUUCAGUCACUUUGUUAAAGAUAUAUUACUUGAUAUUGAGCUCUAAAAAUAGUCAAUGAUAUGGAAGUCAUAGCAAAAUUUUAUGUCUUUCAAUUCCAGUUAACACUUAGAAAUAGUAUAUUUCAAACCGAUUUGGAGGCCGGUUGUAUGCAACAUUGCUAGAAUAUUCUAGUUUCUAAAUGGAAUUUUUGUUACAGUUUUGUUGUGCACUGACGCCUGAAUAUGUGCAAGGCCAUUUUAGUCACAGCCAAUUGCUCAUUUGCCCCUAGCAGUGGACAAAGCUUGGAAUGAAAGUGGACUGCAUAAUGAAUCCAAGUGAGUUGGAGAUCAUAUAUGAUGAACAUGUUGUUGUAGUCUCUAUGAGCAGGUGUUGUAGAAAUGUGCGGAACGACUGAACAAGGUUUGCAAAGAAGAGCGAGCAUGUCUGUGUGUGAGCGCAGGAUUAUUGUUUAAUAUGGCGGCCGAUUGGUGUGUAGGCAUUACACUUGAAGGUGAUCUGAAUAUACUCUGAUACACAAUGCUCUUGUUCAUUGUUUAUGAAGGACAGUUAAGUGCUUAGAUCAUUUAUUCUUUGAGAUUUACCAAAUAAAUGUAGAAGAAAUUUGCUUAGUUUAAUUACAUGUGUAUCUUGUCUUGGAAGAGUGGUUUGUUUAUGCUAUAAUCAUCCCUGGUUUGGUGUCUCCCUAAACAACUGUAGAGAUAUCUUGAGUCCAAGACAAACUUUCCUACGUAAAGUAACAAAAAAACUGAUUGUGCUUUGUGUAUAUACUGUAAUGUUAUCAAAUAAAUUUCAUCCAUAA